AUGCCGAAACAACGUACACAGACGACAACAUUAAAUUCAUCCACCGUUAAUCCAACAGGUCGUCAUCGUGAUACAUUAUCGAAAGCAAAUGCAGCAGCCGAGAAUGAAGACGUCAUUCCCAUUCCGAUACAGAUUUUUCUGUGGCGGCAGAGCAAUCCAUUCAUUAAACAAAAAUUCGGGAAUCUCACGGAUGCUUCGGCCAUUAGUUUUGAUCGUGUUCUCGUUCAAAACAUUCUACAUGGUCUAUCACCUAGUCUCAGUGAUGCCAUUGCCAGUAUUCCACGAUGGUUGCUAAUCAAAGUGGCAUUUCCGCAUGUCAUGCACGCAUGUUCGGCAGCUAUCGAACAUAAUCUCCAUUCGAUUCAACAGCAACCACCAGUCUCUGGUACUCAUCCAUCCUUAUUAGUGUCAUCAUCUUUAUCUCUUUCGCCUUCGGCCUCGUCCCAACUUCAAGUUCCUGCUAGUCAUCAAUUACCUGCAAGUACUCCUACUUUACCUAUACCUCCUGGUACGGCACCAUCAGCCGGUCUUGCUGGUGAACAACAUCCAGGAGUUGUUCGUCUCUCAUCAGCAACACAUAGCAUGGGCAGCUAUUCGUCGUUAGCAAACAAAUUAACUGCAUCGGAAAUUCGCCUUUUCCAUACAUUGCAUUAUUUGAUAUUAGAUGCAUCUAGUCAAAAUACGAAUACAUCUAAUCCGAAUGAUCAAUUGUUACCAUUGAAUACAAUACAAUUAUUCAUAUAUUUGUUUAUUCCAUAUAUUCACACGUAUUUACAGAGUAAUGAAAAAGAAUUCCUGAAUAAUCCGGAUCUUAGCCAGGGCAUGCGACAUAUUUGGCAACCUUUGCUUGAAUAUCGUCAACCGCAUAUUCGCAUGUUUAAUGCAUUUGUAAAACCAAUUAUUCCAGCAUAUGCAUCGCCCAAUGAAAAUGGUGAUUAUCUUUCGACGGUACACGAUCUUCAACAGCAACAACAGCAACAGCAACAGCAAUUACCACAUCAACAACAGCAAACAUUCUACAUUAAUAAUAAUAAACGCAAUCGAUUAUCAGUAUUGGUGGAAUCACCAACGCCGGUUCCAACAACAACACGUGCAAUUCUCGAAGAAGUUGAAGAAGAUCAACAAUCGCAAGGCUCACCACAACCACCGGCAAUCGCCCACUCACUCAGUCAACAUGAUUAUCCAGCACAGUUACCAAGAUCAGUUUCCGAAAAACAACCACUAUCUGACCUAACAAAUCAACCCUCAAUAAUGGCACCGAUUGUUAGUAGCGAAGGAAGUAGUACCAGUUUGUUUCAGCCAACAACAGUAAAAAGAGAACAUAAAUCCACUUCGUCCGUUCUGGCCGAUUCCGAUACAACAACAAAUAAUUCAAUGACCGAUCUCAGUGCAUACGGAACAUCAAGUGCAGCAAAGCCACGGGCACCACUAGUGCAUAUGAGUUCAAUCUGCUCAAUUUCGGAUUCAAGUCGUUUGACAACGUCACCACAAAGUCCAGUCGAUAAAUUCAAUGCACUACCCGGUGCUCCCGGUUCGUCGUCAUCUUCGGCAUCGACUCCAUCUGUUCUUCUACCAUUACAUUGUUCACAAUGUCAACAGCCAGUCUUCGCUCCUCACCAUCCACCUGGUAUUCCAUAUAUUUGCUCAAGUUGUACAGCUAUGAAGACAGGAUCUAUAUCAAAAACAUCUCUUCCAGCAUCUGAUCUUCCAUUGAUUUCGUUAAGAUCGCCUCUAACGCAAAGAGAAUCGAUACCUACAUCACGACGUCAUAGUUCCAUCAUGGGCAAAGUUCGUACAACACAACGGUCAUCAGAAUUGCUUCUACUUGCUACGUACUUCGAUAUUGGAAUCUUACGAACACUAUUUAGUCCAUCGUGGUUAACAGAUGGAUAUCUAUGGUGUUUAGAAUAUCUACAUAAACGUAUCAUUGAUAUAUCUGAUGAAAUACUCUCCGAUGCUUUAAUGAAUGGAACAUUACCAAUCAAUAUUCUUCGAUUUAAAAGUCUUUCUAUUCCUCAAUUAAAUCUCGGUACCGAACAAGACUAUCAAGAAUAUCUAAAAAAUAUUUAUUUUAACGAACAAGUCACCAACGAUAUUAUUGAACAACAGUGUAUGAUGGCUGGCACAGGCGACAUGUCGGCAACGACGUCCGUUCGACAACCAGCAAAUUUAUUAAAUGUACCAUUUAAAUAUUUUGCUGGUAAAAGUCCAUACACAGGAAAACAUAGUCAAAAAUAUGAUAAUUUUUACAAGAAAAUCAGUAAAAUCCGUUAUAUCGAUGAAGAGGGUAUCGAACAUCUGGAUUUGGCUACCAGUGAUCGUCGUGAUCACCCGAUAACAUCAUCAAAAAGUAGUCGACUUCUUCUUGCCGAUCCAGCAUUAUUACUACUUAAAACUACAACAAUCGCUGCAUCGGACCGGUCUCAAGUCGCUUCGGCAGCGAACACCGCAGCCGCCGUUGCUGCCGGUGGAACAACUGCGCGACAAUCUGUCGAUAGUAUUUUAAAUGCCGCCAAUGUUACUACACCUAAAGUGACAACAACAACCCCAGUAACUAAUUUGAAUACGAUGAAAACAUACAGUGUGAGCGACUCGGAAAUUAAUUACAAGUUCCUUGAAGAAAUCGAAGAAGCACAAGGUUCAAGUGCGUACAUUAACCGAAGUGGUACUAUUAAUUUCGGUGUCGUUCUUGCUGGUAUUCAUGCGGUUAUAUGCAAAGAACAUCAUUUGAAAGUUUGUGAAUUAGUUAUGAAUAUUCUCGAUGUUUUAUUGGGUUUGGCCGUUAUAUCAUCAUCAGAAGAUGAUGCUCAUAAAAAACAAUUAUUAACUGUUGGAAAUAGUGGAACUAGUACAGGCGAUGAACAAGUUGAAGAGUGGCUGAAACAAAUCGAUGCGAAAGAAGAAGAAAAAUUUCAACUAGCUGUUGACAUUACACUGAGAAUCAUCAAGCGACUGGGAUGUCCGAAUUGUCAACCACGUGGUCGCAGUUUUACUGCUGAUCAAUUACGUGGUAAAGUUCGAUUAUCAUUGAACAAACUUCGUUUACUGAAUCAACAACGAUUCGAAAAAUAUUUUCUUAAUCUGACGCUAAAUGGCGAUCUCGUUCACAUUCUUGACAUAUUUCAUGCAUUGUGUGGUUACUGUUCCGAAUCAAGUAUUGGUCUCGCUCAUUAUUCGCCUUAUAUUCCAACAAAAUCUGAUGGCAAUUCCCGACAAACUUAUUCGAAUAAUUUCGGAAACACACAUUUGGGUGUUGGACCGAAAGGAAUCGAUGGAUUUAUUCUAAAUAUUAUAUUCAAACCAUUCGUUACACGUCUGAUUAUGAUGAAAGAAUAUCUGAUGAGUUCAGAAAACGUGGCUCUAUAUGGCGAAUGUCGAGCAUUUCUCACAUGCAUCAAAGAAAAUCACGGUGGAAUAUUUCGUUUGGUUGUUUUUUCAUCAUUGCUUGAUCCUGAGAAGAAACUGAAAACAUUACAGCAGCAGCAACAAGAAGGAAUGGCCAAAGUAAAAAGCAAAGGACCGCACACUUUUACACGUCAAGAUGCCACACACAGUAGUGGAAAAGGAGCUUCUCUAAAGCGUGAUCUUUCUGACGAUACUGAUUUUGAACGACAAGGUAGUACUGGACAACAAUUGCAAACAAUCGGAAUAGAAGAAACAUCUAUACCAAAUAUUGCAUCAUCAUCAUUUAGUAUUAAAUUAAAAAGCGCUCGUGCACGAGCUGGAUCAAUACUGGGUGGUGGUGAUGAUCAUAGUCUGUACACACAUCAAGAAGAAAGUUUAUAUGUCGAUUUAACACUUGUUCGUUUGGGUCUAUUGCGAUUGAAUUUCAUGAUGGAAUCGUGUCCACCUGGCUCAUUACCUGAUCCACAAUUUUUAAACAGCAUUUUGCUUCUUGAUUCGCCUGUUAUAUCGAAAGCUGCAUAUCUUGUUGAAUGUGCACAUUUCGUUCGUCGAUGCUCCCUAGGACAAUGGCCUGAAUGGAUGCGUAUCAAUAUGACAACAUUUCGCCCACAUGAAUCAUACGCUGCUCGAGCAACAGGAAAUAUGAAUGCACGAUUAACCAAACUAUAUCAAGCUGCGGCCGCACGAAUGUUCUAUAUUUGGGGUGAAGCUCUUUCAUCACAACUUGAAAAUAUAUUAGACAAUGAACAACAACAAAUAGCAGCAGAUAAUGCGAACGAAACAGGAGGAGGAACAGGAGGAGCUACCUUUUGGAAUAGUGAUGAAUCAUACGAAGAUUAUUAUAACGAAGCGAUUGUUAAUCGUUCAGGUCAUGAUUGCCCAUAUUCAUUACGUGUUAUUGCUUGUUUACUCCUCUAUGAAAUUACUUCAUUUCUACGUGAAACAUAUGAAACCUUGCCAAAGCUUUCGUCGAUGCCGUCUGGAAGCGGAAAUCAUCGUCAACAACAGCAACAACAGCGUACUAAUAAUCAACAACCGACUAGUGCCCCACCGACACUUGUAGAAACUUCGUCAACGUUGACGGAUAAACGAUCAAGUGAUCGAAUACGCAUGGGAAGUGUUGUCUCUCAAACUUCGAAUCGAAGUUCUGCAUCGAUCUCGAGUGAUCAUCCUGGACUGUCACCACAAGCUUCAUCAGCGACGAUUCCACCUGUUAUGAGUACAAUUCCAGCCACAGUCAUUAAUAUGAAUCCAACGCUCACAAAUGAACGACAUAUUAGUUUUGCUGUAAAUAAAGAGAAUGAUUCGAAUGAAAGUAAUCAUACAGCAAUACUCAUGACUGAUGAGGAUGGCGUCGUCGUUGUUGAUGGAAAUUCCUCAUCGGGAAAUGCGGAGCGAAGAACGUCUGUUGCUACACACAAACCAGGAAGUGUCAGUGGUAGUAGUGGAAAAUCUAAACUUAUUCGACGAAGUAGUGUCAAAUUAAGAAAACCAUCUUUACGAAUGAAAGAGUCAGGAAAACAUACUCGUCGUUCAUCCUAUCGAACGCGUCGUCGUAGUCAUGCAUCGAAUAUUUCAUCAGAAACCGAUGGUCAUCAGAGCAAUAUUGGUAGUUCCGCCAUGGAACCACCUGACGAAUACACCAAUAGUAAUGACGAAGAUUUCGAUCAGGGAAAUUUUGAUGAUAAUAUGAAUACUCGGCCAUUUCCAUGGACGAAAGUUGUCAUACGUAUAUUGAAUAAUGUUAAUUUAACAUGCGAUCAUCAAAUCAAAUGUCUAUCGAAUUGUUACGAUAAACAAACAACGAGUUGUAAAAAUCUAAUCCAAGCAUUACUGAAUAUGUAUCGUUUAUCAUCAUCGAAUUUAACAAAUGUUGGCUCGUCAUUUUCACGUUCUUCGUCAUCAACGCAUCGCUCAACAUCACAUUUAAAACGUAAUGAUACAACAUCGAGUAAAACUGCACAUGAUCUGAAAAAACGUCGGCUUUCAACCUGCUUGUUCAGUGAUGGUACUGGUCAAAAUGUCGACAAUGUUGCUAAAACCACUAAUACAACGAAACCACCUGAUGUACCAGCAUAUGGAAUGGUUUUUGAGACAGCUGAUCCGCAUCUCGACAAACAAAUAAAUACACAUUUUACUACAGUAGCUACCUACCUUGAAAAACAAGUUGGAACGUUAACACAAGUGCCACUGAUGAUUCUUUGCAAAUCAUCUGUUUUAUUAGACGAUGAACAUUAUUCACAGAUACUUAAUCUAUCCUGGGAGCUUCUACUAGAUCGAAAUGAAGAAUUAGCUGCUUGUGCAGCAACAAUUGUUAUUUUAACGGCUGCUCGAGCAGGCCAAUUAGUCGACGCAUUAUUUCACAGUGAAAUGGAAAAUUCAUCAGCAUUAAUACGUUAUAAUGCAAUUCUGAAAUUUCAAACACUAUGGCGAUUUCGUUAUCAAUUCUGGAUACGAUUAGAAGAAGGCGCACAUUCAAUGAUGAAAAUUCUUCCACCAAGCAUUGAAUUUGUUCUACCAUCACCUGCCCUCGGUGUUGCAAACCUUCAAACGGUUGAUCCACCAUGGAUGCCGCACGCUAAAACACUCGUUCAACAAGUCGCUCUAAAUCAAGAAGAAGUGCGAGCGGUAGUAACAGCAAGUAAAACACGUAAGAAGCAUCAACAAGAAUUAAUUCAUUCAGCAUUGAUGGCCGAAGAAACAAGUAAACGAGUGGCAAGAGAAAAUUUUGCGAUGGCUACCGUACCAAUGUUACAAUCGGCAUCGUUUGAACCGCUGUUACAUCAAACAAGAGAGGAAGAAGAAGAAGGACAUACAGAUGAUGAUCGAUUUGUGGAAACUAGCGUACAAAUACGACAAGCACAAGGAACGUUUCCUUCGGCAUUUGGCGCAGCUGUUUAUUUACUUGUGGAAAUGUUAGAGGAUGAGGAAACGUUGGAUAACGGUGCAACAGUGGCUGAAUCAGCUCGCAAAGCCUUAUGGACAUGCUUAGUCGACGAACCCACCUUAUUAAUCCGUUUCUUUUUCGAAAAACUUUCCAAUAAAGAACGUCGAAUCAAAUCUUUUCAAAGUCUUCGCCGUCUUAUGAUUUGUCUAACCGAUAUUCCACCUCAAUUUGCUCAUGCUGUAUUCAAUUACGUUCUCGGUUUACUCAUGAGCAUGGUGCGAUCACCAUUGGAUGGCUCUCAAGAUCUGAUUAUUGCUGGUCUGACAUUAUUAUGGCAAAUCAUUCCGUAUUUACACGGUCUAGUCUUAAAAGAUUUGAAACAAAUUCUACGUAAAGAACAAGCAGAAAUGAUGAUACUAAUCACGGGUAGUAUUCCUUCGACGAAAAAAGUGAUUAUCCAUGGACCUGAUCUCUCGCAAAUUCCAACACAAGCAAUUAUUCAAGAAGAUACACAAUUUAGUAAUGUUCUCCAAGAGGCCUUAGAUUUUUUUGGUAUACCUGAACAAAAACGUGAUCGGUACUAUUUAAUUGAUGUGAAAACUCAACAAAUUCAUAUACCAGACACUUACGUACGUGAUUUCUAUUUCUUCCGUCGAAACAUUUAUCCCCAACUAUCAUUAAUACAUAUGGAUGCUAAACAAUCUCAGCGACAAUUAGAACAUAUGUCAAUCUAUUUGAAAACAACUGAACUAUCUAAAGUAUUAUUCGCUCGUUAUUUAUUAGAGAAUACUCCUUAUAAUCAAAUACAUAAUUGUGUUACAUUUUUCCAUGAUGAAUUAAUCAAAAGUCCAUCAUUUCCUCGAAAACCUUUGGAAUCGGAUUACAAUCUCUAUACGAGAAUAUCAGACAAAGAACUAUUCAAUUUAGAUAUGUUACAUAAAUACAAUUGGAUAAAAUUAAUUUCAUGUUUGUUUUUCAACAUGGAUGGUAAAACAACGACCACGUGGGACAUCACUCUGUUUCUGAAUGUGAUUAAUGGUGCAUUUAUUCUACAUUGUGAAGACUUUGCCAUGUUACGUUUUUGUUUGGCAAUUUACAUUAGUACAGCUAAACAUUUUCGACAUAUCUUUGCUACGAACGGUUAUCUAUUGAUAAUGCCAACAUUUCUUCGCGUUUAUUCAAAUAUUCAAUCGAAUCCGAUGUUGAAAAAGGCUAUCGAAUACUGUUGUCGACAGUUCUUUAUCUUACAUCGCAUUCCAUUUAUCUUACAAAUGUUGGGUAGUAUUUCACAAUUAUUAGAUUUCGAUGAACAAGCUGAUGUGACUGAUACUAACAAAAUCCAACCAGUCAGUUUGUUUCGAUUAUUGGUUGCUUUGGAGCAAACAAGUGUAGAUGCCAUGAGAGAUGACUAUUCAAUCUUAGAGUUAGUUAAAGAUGAUCCAAUAUCAAGUAAAACAUCGGCGACAGCGACAGCAACGACGCCAUCGUCAAAUAUGACGGUAGUGGCUGCACUUGGCCAAGGAAGUAUGAUCGCGCCAGCUACAAUUAAAACAUUAGACUUUUGUUAUGCUGACGAUGAUACUGUUUUCACAGUUUUGAAUUGUAUCGAUGUCUGUAUUACUGUUGUUGCUUAUGCGCCGGAUUCGAUUCGUUCGUUACAAAUGCUGGGAAUCAUCGAUUUACUCUUACCAAAAUAUUUAGAAUACUUGAAAGAUCGUACAAAUAAAAACGACAUGCAAAAACAAGGCCGAGAAGAAAUGAAAACCAUUGAAAAGUUAUCCAUUGCAAUCAAAACAAUGAUUGGAGCAUCAGAAUCUUUAACACGAACAUUUGUUGGGCCCAAACUCGAGACAUUAACUGGAGCAAGUUACAAGCAUUCACGUGGUUCAAACCGUUCACCAUCCAUUGUUCCCGACGAGGAUUCCAUGAGUCGUUUUAUUGAUGAUCGAACUAAAACCAAAGUUCAAGACGGCGACGAACACAAACAAGCGUCGGAAUUUCGUUGGCCACGCGAUACACUUCUUUCUGUUAUAUCAACUUUUGUUCAUUUUUCUACUCAACGCUUGAAAGAAUUAAUCAAAUCAAUUAAUGAUCCAACAUUACGUUUACCUGAACUACUUGACGCGAAAUCUCACACACGUCUUGCUGAUAUCGCGCACGCUCUAUUGAAAUUAGGUGGUUAUGAUCCUAUAACAAUGUCGUGUCGUGGCAUUCAAAAUUACUUUCAAAAAUUAUUACCCUGCACAAAUUGGUCGCACGAACAAUUACGACCAGCAUUGAAUCUUUUGUUGAGAAGAAUUGAUCGAAUGUUUUCAAAAAUAUGUAAAAAACCAUCGACAAAACGUUGUUUUGAUUGGGAAGCAACUGCAGGAAUUUUGAAUGGAAUUUAUUUGACGAUUGAUCGUCAUCCAUACAUUGCUUAUUUUCCGAAUCUUAAAGCUCUAGUGUCAGGAUGUAUUGCGCUCGUAUUGAACGAAAAUGUUUCUGAAUCAAGUCAUAGCGUACCACGUCUAGAUACACCAGCUUUUCCAAAGGAAUUCUCUCGAGCUGUUAUUAAACUUGUCGGAAGAUAUCUAUUAGCUAUUCGGAAUCAACCGAAUCUCGAGGCACUGACAGGAAAUAGUUGGUCAUUUCCAAAUAUGCCUUCGGCAAUCAAUCACCUUCUGCAUUUUCUAUUACCACUAAUGUUCUGGGCCGGCAGUGGACGAAAAGAUGCACCGAAAAUUCAUUCGAUUGAUAUUUCAUAUAUCAUAACAAUACUUAUCAAUUCUUUGAAACCACCAUCAAAACUUGCAGCUGCGAUGGGCGCGCCCGGUGGUCCCGGAAGCGGUGCACCAGGACAGAUUAGUGGUGGACCUGGAGCUGGCGGUGGCAAACAACACUUGACAAUUGGUGAAGCCAUUCUACAAAACAGCAGUUUUACACAUAAAUCUAUGAGACAACUAAAAGAUCUUUUACAAACAGCAUCUUUAUUAGGCUUGAAAGUUUUAAUCAUUGGAUUCAGUAAACAGCUGAAACGCGAAUGGCAACGCAUUGCUCAGUCGAUUAAACUGAUGUGCAACAAACAGUCGAACGUUUCACCCAUACUUCUCUCAUUUAUUGACUUUAUCAUCACAUAUAAAACUCCAAUAUUUGUCAUUCUUCGACCAUUUCUUUCUCAUUAUAUGCAUUCAGUUACAUCCGACAACGAACGCGAUUAUGAAAUGAUAACGAAUAUUCAACAAAAACUGAUUUUCGAUAAGAUUCCUUUGUCAAAGUCAACAGGUGAAAUUCUCCAUAGUUUAAUGCAAGAAUUAAAUCAAUUAAAAGCAGAAUUAACCGCUACAACCAUGUCGUUUGCACGAGAAAUGAGUCGUCCAUGUUCAGGAGCUGGGAAAAAGAGAAUACUUUUAUCGAGAACACAUCGACGAAAAAAGCGUGAUGAUAUGCCUCUCGUUCGUCUAUCAUCAUUCGAACUUCUUCGCAUGAUACAUCCUCGUUCGAAACCAAUUCUCACUAUUUUCACGUAUUUAGACGAAUCGAAAGCAUUAUUUCCGUAUGAAACACGUGCGCCUGGUACUGAAAAAGUUCGAUUCGAUACAGAAGCGCUCGAACAAAUGAAGGAUCGAGAUGGUACCACGGGAGUUUCUGGUGCGACGAGUGACGGACGAUCAGCCGGUAGUCGAACAACAAACGCAUACCGUGUGCGACGACAACAAUCAAGUGACAGUAGUUUAAAUACAUCACCACGCAAGAAAACAGAAAAAAUUCGCGUUAAAGAAGCAUUGGAUAUUCUUGACACGUAUCGUGCUCGGUAUCGAAUUCGUUCAGGAGCUGAAAUAUCCGAUAUUCCAAUUAAAUGGACGAGAGAUUUAACAUUACAACGGCCCUCAACAAUAGAUGACUUGGCAACUCCUACUUUAACAGAUGCACCACGUAGCCAACUGUCUGGCGCUCUACCUCGUUCGAUUACUAGCAUUGGUGAUCGAACAGCUCAACAUUACAAUUCCCCAGGCGAUCCAGAUGACGAUGAUGAUGAUGAUCAAUCAACAACAAACAGAGAUUCAGGAUCGAAAUUGCGUACAUUCAGCGGCUGGAAACGAGGUGCAACACAUUUAGAUAAAUCUCGAUUAACCAAGGGUUUGAUGCGAGCAUCUGCACAGAACGAAUCAGCAAUGACAUAUGACGCAACCAAAGAGAUGAAUGACAUAUUUCGAUCAAACAGACAGAGAGAUCGAGAUUCACGCGAUGAACAAGCAUCAGAUUUUUUUGAUAUACGUUCUUCCAAUGAUCAAACUGUACUUGCUUCCUUUUUAAACCCAUCAACAACAACAACACUUCAACAAGUCCCUGCAACUUCCUCGGCUAUUCCUAUGACAACAAUUCUUCCAACAAAAGCAGAGCCACGUACAGAUAUCUGGAUAUCACGUUCACCUAAUACGCCACCUGUAACUGAAGCCGACUAUGAAUCUCAAGUUUGA